GAGCCCGGAUGCGGAAGUGGGGCCGGGUUUCCGCUGUUACUUCGGCUCCUCUUGGCUGGUGGAGUGCUUUCCGCGUCUGGUCGGUCCCUCCCCGAGGCUGCGGCGCUGACGUGGCUCCCGGAAGUGGGGCUGGCGCCUAGCCGUCAUGUUGCAGCAGGACAGUAAUGACGACACUGAAGAUGUUUCACUGUUUGACGCGGAAGAGGAGACAACUAACAGACCGAAAAAAUCCAGAAUCAGACACCCAGUGGCGUCAUUUUUCCAUUUAUUCUUUCGAGUCAGUGCAAUUAUAGUCUAUCUUCUCUGUGAAUUGUUCAGCAGCAGCUUUAUUGCCUGCAUGGUGACAAUUAUCUUGUUGUUGUCAUGUGACUUUUGGGCAGUCAAGAAUGUCACAGGUAGACUAAUGGUUGGCUUGCGCUGGUGGAAUCAUAUUGAUGAAGACGGAAAAAGCCAUUGGGUGUUUGAGUCCCGAAAGGCCUCUGCUCAAGAGGGUAAAACCGUCUCCGAGGCUGAAUCAAGGAUCUUCUGGUUGGGACUCGUUGCCUGUCCCGUGCUGUGGGUGGUCUUUGCCUUCAGUGCCCUCUUCUCUUUCAGAGUAAAGUGGUUGGCGGUGGUUAUCAUGGGCGUGGUGCUGCAAGGAGCCAACCUGUAUGGCUACAUCAGGUGCAAAGUGGGCAGCAGGAAGAACCUAACCAGCAUGGCCACCACGUACCUUGGGAGGCAGUUUUUAAGACAAACCACUGGCGACACUCAGACCUCCUCAGGAGAGUGAAAGCCUGCGUGCUUUUUUCAAGGGGAACCGCCCAGCGGGGUCUUGACUGAACCUUCAGAACUCAGAAGCUAUUGCAAAGAGGAGUGUGGGCUUUGUUUUUCCAUUUAAAAAUUUACUUUAAGAAAAAGGAAAAGUAGUUUUCAUAUUGUCUUCUUUCUAGCACUUGGGCCUUGAAGGUGUGGUAUGGCUAGAAACAUUGUCAGCAUUUGGUUUAUGGUAUACAUAGGUGUCUGUCCGUAGUCUUGUGAGAUCCCUGUGUGUUAAGUUAAAGUGUCUGUGUUCACGUCCACGUAAAUGGAGACCUUUGCAUCUUGGUCCAUAGAACACAGAAGGAUGUUCUUAGUCGAUCUCAAAACUCUCUGUGCUUACGUACUGUUUCUGUAGAUUACUUUAGAAGUUUUUGCUUCCAUGGUAAGAGUGAGCACUUUGACUAAUGUAUACGUUAGAAAUAAUGGUUAAUUUUACACUUAAUAUAUACUUUCAUGGUGAAACUUCUUAUCCUAGGCAUUCACAGGCAGGUAAAAACCACACUUGGGCUGUUGAUGUUAACUAGUUUCUAAAAUUUGGUUUAUUGAUGAGUCUUGUACUUAAGACCCAGUUAACAUAACAGGAACAUUCAUAGUGUAUUUUCAUGGAAUUCCUAGGGAUUGCUGCUUUUCUAUUUAUUUUUGGGGGAGAAUAGCCAGAUUUUACUUUGAAGCCCCCAGAAGCUCUUCAGUGGUCCUCGGCCUAAUGAAGUCUUUCUCCACUAAAAGAGUAUUAUUCUUAUGUAAUAGUGAGAAUAAUUAUUUCGAUACUUGGCAUUGUAAAUGCCUAAAAGACGUUUUAUUUUACGAAUCUAUUUUUUUGUCUUGCUGUAAUGGGGAUAUUGUAAAUCAUGCAUUUGUAUUAACGGUAUUUCUUAAAACAACAUAUGUAACAGUCUGCAAAAUACUGUAGGCAUCUGUGAAUUCUGUCGUAGGUACUGUAAACUUUGUUUUAAUCAAUGGAUUAUUUUGUGACUAUUUAUACAUUGUUAAAAAUUUUUUGAAGAUGUUUUGUUUAAUUGAAUGCGUGUCUUUAUUGGAGUGAGAGCUUUGAAGGUGCAUAACUUUAUAUUUGUAUAAAACUCUACUGUUUACAAAGCA